AUGAAAAUUAAAACAAUAUCAAGAAACCCUAAUACAUACCAACGGGAAACAACGGAUCAGCGAAAUAAAAUUGUUCGAAACUUCAACACUCCAAAGGAUCCAUUUCGAUCGCAGACCGAAUACACAAGAGCGUUAAAUGCUACAAAGCUUGAAAGAGUCUUCGCAAAACCCUUUGUAUGCAGUCUCGAUGGUCAUUUAGAUGGAGUACAAGUGUUAUCAAAGCAUCCCAGUCGUCCUUCAAUAUUUCUUUCGGGUUCGAGAGAUGGUCAAGUCAAAAUUUGGAAUUUAUCCUCGAAAAUUUGCUUAGCUACCAUCGAUGCUCAUCGAGGCCUCGUAAAUGAUGUUUCCGUUGACAACGCAGAUGGGGGUUUCUUUGUGACUGUCGGACAGGACAGCCAACUGAAAUAUUGGAAGCUUCCAGCAAUUGUUGAGAACAAUUAUACAACACCAGCGCAUUCGGUGGCACUCGACGGCGUCGUCUACGGCGCCUCACAUCUGUCAUAUUCUUCAGAUUUUGUGACGUGCGGCGAAGAGCUUUGCGUUUGGAAACCAUAUCGAGACACACCAGUGCGUAGUUAUAAUCUUGGAUCGGAUACUAUCCACACAUGUCGGGCGAAUCCUGUCGAGGAAAAUGUCAUCGUCGGGGCGCGAUCGGACCGCUCAAUUUUUGUAUUGGACACUAGACAAGAUGUUCCUUUAAAGACGGUCACAAUGAAAUUGAGGCCGAAUAAAAUUUCGUGGAAUCCAAUGGAAGCGUACACAUUUACGGUUGCCAGUGAAGAUUAUAAUUUGUACACAUUCGAUAUGAGAUAUCUUGAUCACCCAGUCCAAUCUCAUCAAGGAUUCACAUCAGCAGUGCUCGAUGUUGAUUAUUCGCCAACCGGUCAGGAAUUUGUUGCAGCGGGUUACGAUCGCUCUUUGCGAAUUUUCAAAGCCAGGGAUAUGUCUAGCAGAGAUGUCUAUUUCACAAAGCGAAUGGCUUCCGUCCUUUCUGUCAUGUUUUCCGCUGACGCGAAAUUUGUGCUAUCUGGCAGCAAUGAAAUGAACAUUCGUGUGUGGAAGGCAAACGCAUCGGAAAAACUCGGACCAUUGACAAAACGCGAGAAGCAAGCGUUCGCCUAUAACGCGAAACUCAAAGAGACCUACCAGAAUCAUCCAGAAGUCAGACGCAUUGCGAAGCAUCGCAAUAUUCCAAGGCACAUCUACAGCGCGGCCAAGGAGCACGCAAUUAUUCGUGAUUCUCGAGCUAGACGCGAAUUGCGACGGGCAAAAGCGGCAGGAUUAGAUGAGGAGCAAGCAUAUCGUCCAACGACGAAAAAGGUCAUGGUGGGAGAUCCGGAAAUGUAG